AUGCUUUCUAAGGCGUUACAGAAGGCCAACGCUGCUGUCCUCCUCGAUAAUGCUACAAACUACGAGGGCGCCAUCGAUGCUUACAACGAUGCGUGUCAGCUCCUACAACAUGUGAUGCAUCAUAGUGGUGGUCAUGAUGAGAAACAGAAGCUAGAGGAGAUUCGAAAUACUUAUACGAGUCGGGUAACUGAGCUUCGAAGGCUCGGUCUACCAUCCCAGCGUGCCGAUGGGAAGGCUUUACCUGAGCCACCUCAGGGGGCGGAAUCUCCUUCUGAUGUUGUUUUCCCGUCGUAUCCGAUGAAUGAGACAGAGUAUCAGGAUACACCAACACCUGUAGUAGCGAACCUAGUCACCAAUGACGGCACCUAUUCUGGUGGCUCUCGAGGGCAACGCAGCUUAGCUCCCUCACAAAUCCCUCCAAGACGCCAGUCUCUACUACCAUCUGUAUUUGAUGAGGAUGUUAGACUCUCAAAUUCAGUCUCAAAUUCACGACUGUUACACGAACGUUCACAGUCCAAGUCGUUUAAAAACGCCACUCGUAUAAAAGCUAAAGUUUCUAAGGAGACAUUAAAACAUGCACGUUUGGAUCCCGCAACGACGGGUAAGACGCCUUCGUCGCCAAACACGUAUUCCCCACCAACGGAAUUCACGAAGCAAGCAUCGAUUCAAUUAAAAUCAUCAAACCCUCUUCCGCCUUUGCCGAAACAGCAUUCCCGUGAUGCAAGCAACGAAUCAAUAUCCUGGCUCGACACUAUUGAUGAGUCUGGCGCUUCAUCAAGUUCCUCAAUUCGAUCGCGCUCAUCGUUAUUCUAUAUCCGACCGAAACACGGCCGCAAUGCCAGCGAUGGUUCUGAAGCGGAAUUUGAUGUUGCACUGGAUGCCGCUGUUGAAGCAGCCUAUGAUCGAGGAUUUGAGCCAUUACGCGAGGCAGAUAGUAUCGUACCUGGUGAUAUUAUAUCUAAUGCCAGGAGGAAUGUUGAAUUAGCAAAGCAAAAGGUCAGGGAGGCUCAGAUAGAAUCCGAAGCCGCGUUAGCUAGAAACAACGAGAGACGCAUAUUGAAUGACGACGAUGUUCUGUUAAAUUUUGGGGCAGUUGCUGGAGGAUAUGAUGAAGACGUAGAGAAUGAGGAGGAGGAGCGCAUCUUGGAGGAGAUGAUGGCGACUUCGAUUUGA